CUCCACCUGACCGACAAGAGGGCGUUCCUUCAAUUCACCUUAUUCAUCACCGUUCUCCGUGCUGCUCCGUCCUCGCCGUUACUUCCGAAAAUCUCAUUCCUUCCUUGACUUGUGAUUCUACUAAUCGUCCCUACUCCUUGCUAACUGGUCAUGGGGCUUAUCAACCGUUAAAUUCUCUGUGGUCCUGUAGGGGAGCUGAGUAGCUUCGAACGCCCCGCCUGUCUGUCCCUCGGAAUAGAACACACUCGACUGUAAGGUGGUAGCCUCAGCUUCGACUCACUUAACGGAACCCUUUCAAUUCAUUGGACCAAUAACUGCUAUUGCAACGCUCGCCGUCAACGACGGGAAUACGCUCCUACUCUGCAAGAAAACCAGCCUUUUUGGGUUCCGGAGCGAGCACCGCUGUGCUCGGGUCCGGAAACCCUCGUGACAAUUAAGACGAAUAGAUAGACUGUCUGGGAGCUGGCUAGAAAGAUGUUUUCAGAAGGACACGGCACGUCGGGAACUGCCAGCGACACCCAAGAGCAGCAGGUGGCACAUUCAGACAGCCCUCCACCCUCCAGUUAUAAUGCGUCAUCCACCGCAGAUCCACCGAGGUCGCCGUUUCUCACCCGCCUCGAACUCUUCGCCACCCACGUUCCGGAUAUCUAUAUUGCCCCAUUUUGCGGUGCUAGUGCGGGUGUAGCGUCGGGUAUUGUGACAUGCCCUCUCGACGUGAUCAAGACGAAGCUACAAGCCCAAGGAGGUUUUGUCCGGAGAGGGGGGCAGGUGGUUGAAGCUAAGGCUUUAUACAGAGGCAUGUUAGGUACUGGCAGGAUGAUAUGGCGGGAAGAUGGUAUUCGAGGUCUAUACCAAGGAUUAGGUCCAAUGAUCUUGGGAUAUUUGCCUACAUGGGCUGUUUAUUUAGCGGUCUAUGAUAGGUCUCGAGAAUUUUAUCACGGAGUCACUGAUAGUUGGUGGCUUGCAAGAGGUUAUGCUUCUAUAACGGCAGGCGCUUGCUCUACAAUCGUGACUAAUCCGAUAUGGGUCAUCAAAACACGACUCAUGUCACAAAGCCUUAGAUCAGAUAGCGAAGGUUUCCGCGCUCCAUGGCGGUACUCCGGCACGUGGGAUGCGGCUCGCAAGAUGUAUAAGACCGAAGGAAUUCGGUCGUUCUACUCGGGGCUCACGCCAGCAUUAUUAGGAUUGACACACGUUGCCAUCCAGUUUCCCCUCUAUGAAUAUCUGAAAAUGGCAUUUACCGGCUACGGAAUCGGGGAACAUCCUGAUAACGGUACUUCUCACUGGAUUGGGAUAUCGUUGGCAACAUUCCUCAGUAAAAUUUGUGCGAGCACUGUGACUUAUCCACAUGAGGUACUACGCACGAGACUUCAAACCCAGCAGAGAACGUCUCCCGUGUCCUCACCAGAAGAGAUAGCGUUUCGCGGAGGAGUCGACCAUCCGGAAAGCCGCGGUAGGCUUCCGGCAGCGGCCUCAUCGGAUGGCAUGCCCAACCGGCCCCGAUAUACAGGGAUCAUCCGUACGUGUCAGACCAUUUUAAAGGAGGAGGGCUGGCGGGCAUUCUAUUCAGGAAUCGGCACGAACUUAUUCCGUGCUGUACCGGCCGCAAUGACUACCAUGCUUACAUAUGAAUAUCUACGAAAACUUAUUAGCCGCCUUCAGCAUGAGGGGGCAAUGAAGCAGCAGAUGGCAGAAACAGCGGAAGACUCUUCCGGGAUAUGAUAAUGGUUGAACCUUCAAUUAUCAGCCAACCUGCCACAAUGCAGGCCGUUUCGAAGCUCAAUGCGCCUACUUUAAUUAGGGGAGCAAAUUAUAGGCGCCCCGGCGAUUUGGCUUCACCGCUUGUAGCAGAUGCAGUGUGGUCUAUCGCUCUUUUAAGUCUAUCCUUUGCUUUGAGUCCUAUCCUCAGACAUAAAAGUAUUGGGCCUUUUCCCUGGAAUAGAUUCCUCGGUAUCGGUGGUAAAUGGUUUCAACGGUGUUAGGGUAGAUCCAGGUUUUGACAUGUGGAGAAUCAGUUUUCCUGCUCUCUACGACGUGUCAUAUGGUAGGCUUUGGUUUUGAAGAAAGAUUCCUUUCUGCAGUCUUAUCAUUUUCACGAGCGUUUGUUUGCGCACAAUAUUGCAUGAUUGCUCUUGUACAUACUCACGUGCUCAUCGCAAGAAUACACAUAUACCGAGUUCAACAAGGUACAGGAACUAGAAUCGGGUAUACAGGGUAGCCAUGAAUAAAGCCUAUACUAGGAUCUAGCUAGUAGUCUAUGUAGUACUUAUAAUCAAGUGAGGGACAUGCGAGAGUGUAAUUGAUUACUUGGUCCCUGAUGU